UAAAAACUAAAAAGUAAAAACAUUCUGCAACUAAAGUAAACGUCUUUUAUUAGUUUUUUUUUUAUAAUCAUGAGAUCUGCUAUUUCGUUUAUAGUUUUAUGUGUUUUCAUGUUCAUCGCUUUAAACCAUGUUGAAGGACAAGUGAAACCAAAAGAGUGUCAGAUUCGAAAUACCUACCGUGGAAAUUGUGGCACUAACGGAAGCCAGAAGUGCCUAAGUGUAUAUAUAUAUAUAUAUAUUGUAACUAAAUAA